GGACGCAACGACCCUAUGGCGCUUCAGUAGUACUGCACACUGAAGCUUUGACGACACUCACCUUGCAGCCGACAAACACGUCAGUAUCUGAGGGCGCGAUACACAAUUGGACGACGAGGAGAAGAAUUAGGCUAGGCGCGGCUAUGACCUCCUGGUCAAAAUGGUUUAUCAGGACGACGAGGGAGGAUGUGUAUAAAGGGGCGGCACAGCAUCCCCAACCAUGAGUUCUUUUCUGCCAUCAUCACCAACAUCAAUCAACACAGACACAACGGAUUCUUACCCAGAAUCGCCUCUUCCUCCAUCAUCACCGCAAGAUCUUGCAUACACAAGCCCUCGUUCUUCCGGUAAGAAAAGACUCAUCCGCCCUUCCACUCCUCCCCGAACUUCCUCUCGUCACGCAACUUGGGUUAUUCCCGACGUACCAAACAAGCUCUUGCCUACAAGAACUUUGAGGCGUAAACAAAAGCGUUCUUCGCUCAGACUUGUUGAAACUUCGCCGCAGUCAACCAACCAACCCAUCUCCAUCAUGUCUUCUCCCGUCAAGACCUCUCCUCCCACUGCUUUGGACCGCAACUUCGGUUCCAGCGAAAACUCCCUAGCUGCCCCCAGCCUUCCCAUGCCCGGUCUAUCUGGCCGUGCCAACUCUUCCACCGGUAACGCAAAACAGGCAACCUGCUUAAGGGACCCAUUGACGACGACGGAAAGCUCAAGAGCGCCGCCCUCCUCGUUGGUAUCAAACUUGACCUUGAGGCCGAAGUCCACCUCACCGCCCGCGUCCGAGGUGACAUCGUCGUGGGGCUUUACUAGAUGUGGUUUCCACAAGCAACCAGGCGUGCCCGCCUCGCACGACAACGACAACGACAACAUCAAAGGCAACAAGAACCACGAUGACGCCCUCAUAACAGGGCUCUUCUUCCUUGGCGGUGAGAAAUCUGACAACGGGAGCGAGUUCCAGUUUGGCAACGUUCGGGUGCACUUGCAAACGAGCAGUCAGGGUUUUAUCAUAGGGGCAGGACGGGAGUCGGUGUCUAUUCUUCGGAUUACGCUGCGCUUCACUGUGGAUUUCAUGGAUGAGAAGGAUUUCGGUUUGGACUGGGGUUUCGAGAGCAUAAAAAAGAAAAAGGAACAAGACGCUACUCAGGGGAAGAGGGAAACGGAUCAUGGGGAACAGGGCAUGAAGCAUGGGGAUGGUGGAGGAAAAGGGCAACAGGAACACUCACUUUCAUUAUCUCUGACCGUGACGAUCACCAUCAUGGCCAUUAAUUCACCAUCGCUCUCUUAAAACAGACCUGAGUCCGCUACUUCUGCUUGUGCAAGUGAUGAUCCUGUUUAUAAAGCCUCAAAGGAUCAUGGUUUCAAGUCUCUC